AUGUCGUUCAGUAAAGCCAAAAUUCAACGAUUUAAUGACAUUAAACCUAUUGCCCCAGGCCCAACAGCAUAUAAUGUUCUUAUUAAAGAUAGACCAAAAAUUUCUGUGGCUUCUCAGUCAGAUCGUAUUGCAGAAUUAAGGAGCCCAUCUGUUUCGGAAUCGGGGUCUACACAUAGUGUUCCAUGUCGCUUUAGGACACCUAUCUUACCAAAGAAGAAGAAAACAACUACCUCUGACACAAAAUCAAAAAACCUUUUUGCUGAACAUGUCGAAUCUGAAGCUUUAAAAGAAAAAAUUGUUGAAUGUGAGAAUAAAGAUGCCUCCAUAAAAAGUUUAACGGAGGAAAUUGAGAUACUUAAAAACAAUAUUAGUAAUUUGGAAGAACAAAAAAAGCAACUUGACGUAGAGAAACAGAAAGUGGAAGAAUGUGUUGUAAAUUUAAAAACUGAUCACAAAAAUGAGAUUAAGAAGUUGCAGGAAACAUUUGAAGAUGACAUAAAAAAGGUUGUUGACGAGAAAACUAAAGUGAACGAUGAAAUAGUAUUAGCGAAGAAACAGUAUGAACUUUUAAAAGAAGCUAACAGAAAAGAAAUGAAUGAACUUAAAAACAACUGUGAUAAAUUUAACAUUUUAUAUAAUAAGUCUUUUGAGGAGUGUAAUAAACUUGUUGAAGAAAAGAACCUGUUAUUAACGAAUAAGGAACGUGAACUGAAAGAUUUGGAGGGUAACUUUAUCGAACUCCAAAGAAAACAUUCCAUGGAAAUCGAAAAAUUACGAAAAGCCCACCAAAUGGAAAUACAAGAUAUAGAGUUCGAGAUUCUGAAAACCAUGACGGAACUACAAAAACAAAAAGAAGAGGCUUCACGUAAAAUAGAUGAACUUGAAUCUGCUAUGCAGAAAACAGUUGCUGAUUUGAAAUGGAAAUUUGAACAAGAGCAGGAACAGCUAAUCUUGGAGUAUGAAGAUAAAAUAAAAAAGAUUACAGAUCAGGUUAUGGAAGCCGAAAAAUCUCGAAUGAGAGAGCAAUUGUAUGAAAUGGAAAGCAACUGGAGAAUAAAAUUCGAAAAUCAGCAACAGCAAUCAAAUGCUAUAUUGCAGGAAUGUCAGACUAUUAGCGAGUAUAAUAUAAUACAGUGCGAGUUAGAAAAAAAAGAAAUCGAAACAAAGUUAAUGGAAAAAACUAAGGAAUUAGAAGCUAAUUUAUUACAGUACAGUGAAGUUAUAUCAAACUAUGAAGACCUUAAAAAGAAGUAUAAUAGUUUACAACACGAGUUUUCCAGUUCAGUGACGGGAUUAAAACAAACGAAUGACACUUUAAGUAAUGAAUUACGUAACAAAACCAACGAAAUAAAGAAAUAUCUGGAAGAAAAUAGAACAUACUUAGUUACGAUCAAAAGUUCGCAGAAUACUAUAGAAGUUAUAAAAAAGAGAUUGAUCGAUUCCGAUAGAGAUGUGGAGCAAUUAAAGAAAGAAGUCUCGGAAAACGAAGCACGGUUACUGGAAUACGAAAACAAGUGUAUGCAGUUAGCGUCUGCUCUUAAACAAGCGCAGGAUUAUAAUGAAGAAUUGGAAAUGCAACAUGAGUCCGCGAUAAAGCUUAAUACCAGCGAAAUCCAACAACUUAAGGCUGAGUUAUGGCAGAAAGUCAAAACUUACCGAAAAGAAGUGGAAAAAAAGUUAAUAGAAAGUGAAGAAACAAAAAAGGAAAUCAUGCAACAGCUUCACAAAGCUCAUGAGGUAAUAGAGAUAUUGAAGACAGAGUUUAAAUGCUUCGAUACUACUAAUUGUCAGUAUGAAUUUGAGGUGGAGCAAUCUCGAAAUGAACUUGAGGAUUAUCGCAUAAGAGAAAUGGACUGGAGUAAUCUUAAAGAAAAGUUGGAACACAACGUCAGGGAAUUAGAAGAUUUGUUAGAAAUGAAACAGGACGAGGUUAACGAUUUCAAAAAGCAGGUUGCACACCUACAGGACAAAUGUGAGUCAUAUUUCCAUCAUUCUGAAUAUUGCAAGAAUAAGGUACUGGAAUAUGAGAAAGAGUUGGAAGAUGCGGGGAAUAUCCAUAAGAAAUACAUUGAACUCUCUGGGAAAUAUGAUGAACUUUUACAAAAGUUCCAGCAGUUAGAACGCGAAAAUCUGGAAAAUCAAAAGGAAAUUUUAAGAAUAUCUAAGAAUUGCCAGGAGAAAGAAAAUUAUAUGGAAAAGACUGUUGAACACCAAUUACUGAGAAAUAGACUGAAACAAACUGAACUGGAGAAAGACACAUUAUUAGGAAGAAUACAGUUUUUGGAGAAUGAGCUGAAGAAAGUGUCUGAUAAAUAUGCAGACUUAGCAGGACACACCAAUAAUAAGCAGAAGAUAAAACAUGUAGUGGACCUAAAAGCAAAAAAUGAGGAGUUGGUAAAGGCUAAUAUGGAUUUGGAGUUAAAGGUACAGUCACAAUUAAAAGUCAUGGAAAAACUGAAAAAAGAGAAUACUGACUUGAAAAAGUGUCUAAGAAAAACAAAACUACAUCCCGAGGACAAAGAAAAUAUUAAUAGUCCUAAUCGUUCCCUGAAUUCUAGUAGAGUUGAAUCACCAUUCAGAGAGAGGAACUGAUGUAUAGGUUAGAUAUUUGUAUUAAUUGUAAUUAAUUAUAGUAUUUAUUUAUUUUUUUUAUCUAGAGUAGUAGCUUUAACUUUUUUCGAUUAACAUUAGGAUUAUAUAAAAUAAUUCUUAGGUAUUACUAAAAGACCUCCGUAUUGUAUCCUUUUACAGUUUUAUUGACGCUGUUGUAGUGUGUUUAUUUUACAGAGCUUGUAAGUAAAAUAUUUUAAUAUAUUAACUUAUACCAAAUAUUAUUACUUAGG